GUGGAUGACACGUCCAUUCAUUCUCCACCUCUGACAUUAGUGAGCGCGUUCCACCGUUUCUGCUUAAUCGCUUUCGUGGAGAGAGGGGGCAUUUACAUUCAUAGAAAGCUUGCCAAUAGUGUGAUGCAAAGCCUGACUGAUCUGAGUACGUGCCUCCUGGGAAGGGACGGUGUCAUUGCAUUUGAUCUCGUGUGCGUCCCACAGAGGACUUGAAGCAGCGCGCAGGGCUGGAUGCGUCUGUGCUCCAGUCUAUCCAUGUCUUUUGCGCCACCAGUCGAGCUGUCUUUGCGCGAUAUUUGUCAUUGUUAAUCAUGUGUUUGAAAAAUGCCAAGUUGCUUUGCGAAUGUUUCACGGUUCAGGACUCUUUGCCUUACUGCUGAUGGUGCUGGAGUGGACCCGUCCAGGCCUGUCCUCCCCAUUACGCCCCAUCUGCGACCUGCGCGUCCUCGACCACUACAUUAAGGAGGCAUGGGAUGCAGAAACUGCUAUGAGAGCUUGUAAGGAUGAUUGCAGCAGUGCAACAAACUUCACUGUUCCUCUGACCAGAGUUGAUUUUGAUGUCUGGGAAGCGAUGAAUAUAGAGGAGCAAGCUCAGGAGGUCAAGUCAGGCAUUCACGUGCUGAACGAGGCCAUCAGCUCAUUACAGGCAUUUAAUCAGACUGACGUGAUACAAUCCCACAUAGACGCCACUCUUAGAAACAUUGUCAGCAUCAGACAAGUGCUGCGAAGUCUCAGCAUACCGGAAUAUGUGCCUCCAACCAGUGGUGGAGAAGACAAGGAGACGCAGAAAGUGUCCUCGAUCUCAGAGCUGUUUCAGAUCCACGUCAACUUCCUGCGGGGAAAAGUGCGUCUUCUGCUGGCCAGUGCACCUGUCUGCCAUCAAGGUGUCAGCUGAUACACACUUCAGGGCAAGAGUCAAACUAACUGAAGCUCCUCAUAUCAGGAGGCAGGAUAUGGACUAUUACAAAGGAUAUGUCGCCGAAGUUUGAAUGACUGGGAGUUGUAGCACUUUGAAAGAUUUUACUCACAAAGGGAAAAGAAUACAUCCCCCAGAAUGCCAAGCGCCCCCAACGGCCGUCUUCACUGUGUGUCGAGCAUUUGCAAACCCACCCGGCAAAAUCAACCAGAAGGCAUCGUAAAACUGCAAGAAAUCACUCCUCUUUCCCCAUAUGACUGAUGCAACUUUCCCAGCUCGACUGGGGAAGGGUUAUCUGGGACUCUUUAAAAAGUGUUUUGUACUGCUUAUGAAAUUGUCAUUAUUUAUAUAGAUUAUAUAUAUUUCCUAGAGCUGGAAUCACUGGCUUUUUGCAGGUUCUUCUCUGAAGCUAUUCAAGAGAAAGCCUCUCUUCCUCCAUCCACCAUGGCCUCAAGCACCUCCAAACGUUGAAGAUGUUGAUAGAGAAGACUAUUUAUCAAUAUUAAUUAUGCACUGUAGGUUUUAUAUUCAUUUCCGUGUAUAUGUGUGUGUGUGACACUUUUUGAGAAUGCUGCAGGGAAUGAUUUAAAUGUCAGGGGAGGAAGGUUGUAAUGCUGAAUUCUUACGGGUCAGUUGGGGUGAACAGGAAGAAGGACUAGAUUGCUGCUUGCGUCGGGGGAAUUGAAAGCUUUCGUGAGAGAGCUGAUGAGGCUCUGCGUUUGCUCAUGUCUGAAUUACGCCGAUGAGCGCGGCCUUGUACAGAUAACGCUGGUGCCAGGAAAAAUAUUGAUUAGUGUAUGACGAACAUCCUUCCACUUCACGCUCAACGCUGCAUACUUUCCUUUGGGAAAUGAUCGUAAGGUUGACAUCUUGUUUCUCUUUUUCUGUUUAACUUGUUUGUGUUUUUCGUAAAUAGCCUGU